GCUCACCUAUCGACAUGGAAAAGACUCCCAGCAAAUGGGGAAGCAUUCUCAACAGCCCGUUUGUUGAAGAUGGCUUCCUAUGGCUUUGACCACUCUCUCCUUUGCCCACUCUCCCCAUUCUCCUGCUCCGGCAAAUUCAAAUUUCCCGCCAAAACUCCACUCUCAACUGUCGAAUUUUGUGCCAAAGCUUCCAAGUCUUCCUCCGUCGCCACCACCGCCAUCGAAGAUUCGAAUCAACCCUGCUUUGGUGUUUCAUAUGGACGAAGGGAACUUAUAGUCAUAUCCACACUACCAUUUCUUCUUCCCGUGCACGAGUCUAUGCAGAAAUUUGGUGUAAAGGCUGCAGAGUUAGGUACUACUGAAUAUCUGCUAAUGAAAGAGGAGGUAAGGAAGGUUUUGUCGAAGGGCAAGGCUGCUGGUGUACUUCGCCUUGUUUUUCAUGAUGCUGGGACCUUUGAAAUGGAUGAUAAUUCAGGUGGCAUGAAUGGUUCCAUUGUGUAUGAACUUGAUAGACCAGAAAACACAGGUCUAAAAAAAUCUUUGAAGAUUCUAGAGAAAGCGAAGAGUGGAGUGGAUAUGGUACAACCAGUAUCAUGGGCAGACAUGAUUGCUGUGGCUGGAGCUGAAGCAGUUUCAGUAUGCGGUGGUCCAAAAAUCCCAGUUCAGUUAGGCAGAUUAGACUCAAUGGCACCUGAUCCUGAAGGGAAACUUCCUGAAGAAUCUUUGGAUGCUUCUGCCUUGAAGCAAUGCUUUCAAAGAAAAGGCUUAGCAACACAAGAACUUGUUGCAUUAUCUGGAGCUCAUACUCUUGGAGGUAAAGGUUUUGGAAAUCCAACUGUUUUUGACAACUCAUAUUUCAAGAUACUUCUGGAGAAGCCAUGGAAGUCUUCAGAUGGUAUGUCAAGUAUGAUCGGGCUUCCUUCAGACCGUGCACUUGUUGAGGAUGAUGAAUGCUUAAGAUGGAUCACAAAGUACGCCAACAAUCAGAACAUGUUUUUUGAAGAUUUCAAGAAUGCCUACAUCAAACUUGUGAAUUCUGGUGCAAGGUGGAAGAAUUUAUGAUUAUUCCUGAACAACAACGUUUCAACAGAACUCAAACUCAUAACAGAGGCUGCCUCCACACGGUAUAAUGAAAGGAAGCUAGAAGAGCUGGAAAGUGGUUAUUAAGGAAGUAUCCAUAUUAUGCAGCAAAGUGAUGGUAUGUACCAAUCUUGAACCAUUUUUGAUACCCACUUGAAUUGAGCUACUAAUCUUAAUUGUUAUAAAGGGUUUUGAAUGUUGUCCUUGCCCACAAGAAAAAUGAGAAUGUCUUUUCCCACCAAAUAUUUGGUGCAGCAUUUAGUAAACAAUCAUACCUA